UCCACGCGCGCCACUCUUCCCCAAAUCCGGAAACCCUCACCGGCGCCGCCGUCGGCCAUGGCCGAGCAGCUGCAGCCACCGUUCGACCCAGCCACGGCGGCCGACCCGCACGGGAGGGAACGAUGCGCAGAGCUGAUGCUCGCGUACAUCUACCACAACCUCCCCAGCUACCCCCUCUACGACGGCGCGCGGUUCACCGCCCUCGCCGCCUCCCGCGGCGGCGCCGACCGCCUCAGCCGCCUGCCCCGCGACCUCCUGCGCAACGUCCUCGCCCGCCUCCCCGUCAAGGACGCCGCGCGCACCGCCGCGCUCUCCUCCCGCUGGCGCGCGCUCUGGCGCUCCACGCCCCUCGUCCUCGCCGACAUCCACCUCCUCCCCAAAGCCCGGGCCUUGCGCCCCACGCCGGCCGACUCGCCGGCCGUCACCGCCGCCGUCUCCCGCGUCCUCGAAGCGCACCCGGGCCCCUUCGGCUGCGUCCACCUCGUCUGCAGCCAGAUGGACGGGUACCGCGCCCAGCUCGCGCGCUGGGUCCAGCUCCUCGCCGCCAAGGGCGUCCAGGAGCUCGUCCUCGUCAACCGCCCGUGGCCGCUCGACGUGCCCCUCCCCGCCUCGCUCUUCACCAUCACCACCCUCACCCGCCUCUACCUCGGCGUCUGGAAGCUGCCGGGCACGGCCGCCCUGCGUGGCGCCUCCUUUCCCCGCCUCCGCGAGCUCGGCCUCUAUUUCGUGGAAAUGGAGCACGGCGUCGUCGACUCCCUGGUCGCCAGGAGCCCCGUCCUGGAGGUCCUCAACAUCGUGGGAUGCAUCAAUGGCGGGUUGCGCCUACGUCUCGUCAGCCAGAGCCUGCGGUGCGUGCAAAUCUGCGGCUCUGUUCUGGAGGACAUCGCCGUGGUCAAGGCUCCGCGCCUGGAGAGGCUCAUCCUGAUUCAAUCUUGCAAAACCGCCCGUGACUUGUGUACCAGGCUCAGGAUUGUGGAUGCUCCCAAGCUGCACACGUUCGGGUACUUAGAGCCAGGGCAGGUCCUAGAGGUCGGAGAGACAGUCAUCAUGCCUGGGAUAAAUGCAAGAAGCGCAAGUGCCAUGCUCUCAAGCGUGAAGAUUCUGACUUUGAAUGUGCGUUUCGGGGUUCGCAAUGACGUCAAGAUGGUGUCCACCUUCCUCAAAUGCUUUCCCAACGCUGAGAGACUGCAUAUUGUGAGUGAUAAAUGUGAUAAACCCACUGGUGACCACCUCACCGUCAAGUUCUGGGAGGAGGCUGGUCCCAUUGAGAACGUCGUGUCGCACAUCAAUGUGAUGACUUUCCGUGAGUUCAAAGGGGACCGAGGCGAGGUUGGCUUCCUGGAGUAUGUCUUUCAGGGUGCGCGAGCGCUGGAGAUGGUAGCUAUUUUCAUGGCCAAUCCAAGCUCCACGCCGUUCUCGGAGGACGAGGCGUAUGUCAAGGCGCAAUACAGCGCUAGAAACAUGAAGAGUAAAUCCUGCCAAAAGUGCAUCAUCUGGAGUAGCCAUCCUGCAGGACGCGAUGCUUGGAGCCUCAAAAUCGGGGCAGAUUUCUCCUUUGAGGACCCGUUUAAGGUGACGUCGGUGGAGGAGGAAGCCAGCUGAGCUUAUAGUUUCUGUGAAGUGGAUCGUUUUAUUUUUAUGCAAACUGUGAAAUGCGGCGGUAUCUGUUGC